CCAUGGCCACCAUUGUCAAUAUCUUUCUUGUUAGCUUUGUCGUGGCCUUGGUUCCCGUUCUUGCAGAUUAUGAUAUGCUUCAAGAUAUUUGUGUUGCCGAUCUUUCCUCCAGUGUGAAGAUCAAUGGCUAUCCAUGCAAGGACACAACAAGUGUAUCCGAGAAUGACUUUUUCUUCAACGGAUUGAUAAAACCAGGUUCGACGAACAACAGCAAGGGAUAUAUAGUGACUGGAGCCAAUGUUGAAAAAAUCCCAGGCCUCAACACCUUGGGUGUGUCAAUGUCCCGUAUUGACUACGCCCCUGGUGGGGUGAACCCGCCGCACACCCACCUACGUGCUAGUGAGAUUGUGUUCGUAUUGCAAGGUCAACUGCAAGUAGGGUUCAUCACUAGCGCCAACAAGUUAAUCUCAAAGACAAUCAAUGCAGGUGAAGUCUUUGUGUUCCCAAAAGGACUAGUGCAUUUCCAAGAAAAUCCACACAUUGUUCCGAAAAGAACCCGUGAGGCUCAUUGGGUACCCGAGUCCUAAAAAUUUGUGAAACCCAAAUAUAUUUGGCCUCCUCUUUUUCUUCCUACAAGUUUAAAAAAUAGGGAUCGACAUUGUUGAAGGCAAAAGACUGGAGCUUUUCCUUUCUCCUCCAAUGGUUUUGUGUUGGGGUUUUUAACUAACUGGAGUUUUGUGUUGGGUAUUUUGUGGCUUUCUGUUCUCUAAGUUGUUUGUGCUUGAUUAUUUCGAGCCAUGCUGAUGCUAUAUUGUUUUACGAUGGGAAUAAUUGUUGGAAACUACAUAUGAAAUGCAUGCAGAAAUUGGGUGCAUCUAUGGACCGGA